AUGUGUUGAACUUCGCUCCAUCUCACUUCUAGGACAAUAUGCGCUCACUGAAGUAGAGGUGCCUCGCCUUUUGGUGCAGUGGUAUAUUGUUCCUUCAUACAAUGUCCUCGACAUCAAGCUCGGCACCCAGCUCUACGACGAGGACGCGAGCGAGGAGAAGAAGCUCAGGAUGGACGAAGCCGCCAAGGCCACAACAAGUGCAGCGACCGGGGUCAGGUUGACUGGAUUCCAAGUCAGUCCCUUCAAAAAUGACCUCAUGAAUUGUCGAGGUGUCGCUUGUACGUCUACGUUCUGACCACUCGCUCGGCACUACUCCUCGGCGCACCCAAUGCUCGACACCGCCAGGUCUGGGAUGACGCUUCCAAAGCCUACGUCGUCACACCCAAAGACUUUGGCAAAGCCAUCACCGUCCCCGAACUCUCAAGUGGCAUUGCGCGCUUCUUCUAUCCACCCCUUGGGGCGGCCUACACACCACCGACUCCCGUCGUCUCGACCCACGCCGCCGCUGCGCCGAGGGCAGCCAUCGUCCCAACGCCUCUGCCGCUCGAGUUGCUGGUGCCCGUCUUGAACGGCGUGCUAGCGAGGCUACAAGAGCUACUGCGUCUUUUGGAUGUCACGGAGAUUAGGAUAAGAGGAGGAUCAUUGCUGUUGGUCAUCGAGGGUGAUGCGAAGGCCUUACGGGAAGCGGGCGCGCGAUCGGAAGAAAGUUCCCCGUCGGCCCGCCCUUCAAAGCAGGACAGAGGGGGUGAAGGCGAUGUUGGCGACACGGAGGAAGAAGAGGACGAAAGCGAGACGGAAAGUGUUUCGACCACCGAUGGGGAAGGAAACGCCAAGGCACACACUCGGCUACCUUGGGACUUGCGACUAAUUGACUUUGCGCACGUGAGGGCUGCACCGGGGGAAGGCAAAGAUGAAGGAUUCCUCAAAGGGAUCAAGACAACGGUGAGGUUGAUCGAAGAUCUGAAAGAUCGGUUGGAGAUGGAGAUGGAAGAGACUACAACUCGGGACAUAUCGUAG